AUGAAUGGCAAGCUAGAUGGCCAAAAGGACGUUUCAUCGAAAAAACUGUGCAUUUCAGUCAUCAUUCAUAUGUUUAUAGGCUCAUUAUAUACGUUGCAACCUUGUAAGAAAUGGGACGUUUCUAUACCCCUUAACGACAAUUUGGAUGCUAAUUUUUUAGAAGAAACUGCUGGAUUUCUUCUAAUAUACUACCUAAGAACUUUUGAACUCUUCAAUAAUUUAUUUGGGACAACCGGAGCGUUUCUGAUGGUGCCAGGUUAUAAUAUAUUAUGGGCCUUGAUAUAUUUGUUCAUCGGUUGUAUUUCGCCAGCUUCCCUAUCUCGAAUGUUGAUGGAUCGAGCCUGCGCUUUCUUGUGGACUGAGUCAAUUUAG